AUGCCCAAGAACACUACGCAAGUCGGCCUGCUCCAAAGAGCUGCAGAACUCCUACGCCAGUCCCAGUUGAACGGAUACACUGCCGGUGCUCACGCGGAGAAGGAUGCGACAAGGGGACUGUACAAGACGAUCUACAAGGGCAACACACGCGCGCUGCAAGAGGCGAGUCUUGAAUGCUACCAAUUGUGGCGCCUGGGUCAGGAUUCUUGUCCGGGCGAUGCAGUGACUGAGAAUGACCUUGCGGCCAGAUACUUGUACCACGGCUGUGAGAACCUCAGUCUUGCGGAACUCAAAGACUUUCUACGGUACAAGGCAAGUAUUGCAAAGGGCAGGAUCACGGAUAAGAUGACCACAGAUUCUCUCAAUACCUUCGCUGAAGCCUUCUUUGCUGGCUUUCAACGGUAUACGGGCAACAUUGUGUCUGAGGAGGAUCGCAGUGAGGUCUACAAUUGGGUCAGAAGCUUGCUCGUUCAGGAAGGCGUGGUUCAGGUUGGCAAAAUGAUCAAGUACAAUUGUACUGAUAAGGAUGUCUACCACCUGCUUUCCACUGUCUGGACCAACGACCAUGUCAACAUAUUCGACGAGAGGUCUCGUAUACAGUUCACAUUCAUCAUACAGCUGUUCGCAAGUACCGGAGCACGGAUCGGGGCAUUCUUUCCGAACGACAAGAAUGAGACCAAAGGCCUCAGAUGGAAGGAUGUUCAGGUUGUGCUUCUCCGACGCCCAGACGGCCAGCAACUGUGGACCUUCAAACUCGAUCAGCGGUUCGUCAAAAACAACAAGCACCCGGACACAAUCACGCAAGUUUCAGUUUAG